CCAACACCACAAUAAACAAAUGGCGAUUUCUGAAAAAAUUAGCAGCUUGUCAGUGGUUUAAUUGCUGAAGUUAAGUGCCAUCAAUAUGACUGAAUAAUAUUGGAAGGUCUAGGAAUCAAUUAUGGAGGAAGAGGAAGGGAAGAAGAGUCCUUUUGGGUCAGAUGAGGAACAAGACCCUAGGGGAAGUUCCUCUAGCCUGACGGUUGAAAAUGUCCGUCUUCAUACGGAGCAGGCGAAGAAGAGGAGAGAUUCAACCUCUUCUAAGGACAGUCAGCCACUCAGCCCGCUUAGUCCAUUGAAGACGCCAGCAUCCAAUCCUAGUGCACAGUCAUCCGUUGUCAGCGACAUUACAGGCUCUAAUAGGACAGAUGAGAAAGACCUCCAGCUUCCAAAGAAAAAACCGUUGCCACCGAUUGGGGUGACUGAUGAUGAUGAGUUGGAAGAGCAGCAACGGAAAGGAUCAGCCUCAACAGAGUUUUCUAUCCCACGGCCCUCGUCGUUUUUCAAAGGCGAGGCAAAAACUACAAUCGAUGAUGCUGCAUCUAUAAAGUCUGGUGUUUCAAUGAAAUCAGGAAUGUCUGCCAAAUCCACAGAGAGCAGGACAUCUUCAAAACGGACAGUGUCAUUUGCUGAUGGUGAGCCCACAAAAUUAAAAGUCAGUAAAAAAGAAAGUACGAUUGCAAACAAAGAGGUAACAAAGCGGAAAGGUGCGGAUGGCAAAGAAUUCGUGGUCAUUUCCAUAGAUGCACAGACGGAAUGGAGUUGGUUGGAGGACUUGAAAUCCGUGGGGAAGUCGGCCCUCAGCGACCCGACCCCUGUGACUAAAACAGAUCAGUCUCCAAGGCCCGCUCUCUAUACGCACCGCCUGUCUUUUGAGGGAAAGCUCCCUCCCUCUAGCCUCACGCAAAAAUGUGCUUCCCGGCUCACUGAAGAGUCAUCAUCGGAGUCGAGUAUUGACGAUGAUCUCGUUGAGGACGAAAGCGGGACGACGAAAUCGAAGAGUGGCCCUAGCACGCCAUCUGGUGGAUCCAGCGCCCAGGAUGAUGUGGUUGCUUACCCUCAACCUGCUGUCAGUGACGCGUAUGGCAUCCCGCUGCUCGAGUUGAGUAGUGAUUCUGACUUUUCUGACGACGACUCUGAAAGUGAACCUCCAGUCGAAGGGGAAGAUUCAGAUAUAGUCCAGGGCAUCGGACCGCCGCAAAUCUUACAAUAUAAAAGAGAAUCUGAGGACCAGCCUCCACAAGUCAACAAUCCACGACUCCUAGCCCCAUCACCCGGUCAAGAUACCGACAAUAUAUCAUCCUACGAUCAAAUGUUCUCCGCACCUUGCGAAUACUGCGGCAACCAAGUAAAGCCGUUUCCGACGUUGGAGCAACAGGACUCGCAACCUCCGGAAGAUCUUUAUUGCUGCGAUAAAUAUCGCGAGUUUGUUCACUUUACGUUGACGCAUCCCUUGAAUGAUCAGUUGAAGGAGGACAAGGAGAUUGAUAUCGCGCCCCAUCCGCCACACGGAAGCAAGCUUGCUCGGAGGGCGGCAAAGGAGCGCGCUGCACAGAGAAUGAGGGAACGAGAGAUGCAGCGACAACAAGCAGCGGCCGCCGCCAUGUCCACCGGAGCAGCACCUACAAAUUUCUUCUCCUCGGGCACAUCCAAUAGAAUCUCGGACAUUGCUCGACAGAUGAAGACAAUCAACUACCAGCUGUCGUCCCAACGUUGCCUGGAGGAAGGCUGGACCGUACGCAUCCCCUCGCCGCUCAUGGAGGACGAUAACGAACCAAACGUCUUCAUCGCUGAGCCUCUUUCUGAAUUCGGCGAUGACGACGAGUACCAAUUCAUUGACUUGAUGGGCCAAUCACACGUCGACGGCGAUACGUCAAGGCGGGAAGAUUCAAAUCGCACCGACUUAGGUGGGAAGAAACAGCACGCAAAGUCUUCAAACGUCGAGGGUAGGACAACGAAACGUGGACGUGAUUCAACGCUGCCCGGCGUGGACGAACGACAAGGCGGCGAUGAGUCGAGAGGAAGAAAGAGCAAACAGGGUAAACAAACUGGUAACAAGGAUAGUUUACAAGGGGGCGACGGAGUGCAGAAGAAGGGGCGGAAGGGUGGUGUGAAGAGCUUCUCGUUGCAGCGGCCAGAUGAUGCGGAGGUUUCGCAGGGUGAGUCCACAGAGGUGGAGUCACCGCGGAAACUUGCCUUGAAGGCUCUUGCUAGGGCCAAAAGAAGAAUGCUUCGACAGUGGUACUACCCCGAUGGUACAAAGUUCCUGACCGUCUUCCCUGAUGGUUCCGGUAAUGUCUUCUACCCGUCCGGCAGCGUCGCCAUCACCAUUUCUCACGUCUCGCGAGGACAGCUGUGCUACGUCAUCCAUGAUGACAAGAAGGAGACUGGUGUACCGAUGUUGGGCGUAUUUGAACCAAACGGUUUUGCCGGCUGUUAUUUCCCUAACGGAGACUUGAGGCUCUACCUCGAUCAGCUCGGAGGUGUGGAGCAUGAUUUUCAGGGCGGUCGCAAGCGGCGAUGGAGUUGGAAAGAUCAGUCCACGCACGUUCACGCACCACCAUUCCAACCAAUCUGCUUCUCCUUGAAUAAUCGACUAAGCGUGCGUGUCAUGAGCCAGGCCAACAUUGCGUUGACGUUUAGGGAUAAGAAUCGGAGUUGUCGAUUUAGUGUCGGAGCCAAAUUAAAGCUCGUCAACCCAGGUUUGAUACCGCCAAAAGAAGUAGAUGAAGACUUGCUGUAUAUAAAUGAAGUUAAAGCCAAAGUGGAGACGUUACUAAACCGUGUCUCCAACCUGCUGAAAUUCCCCAAGUCACCAAAAUUAGAUAAGAUGAAACUGCCUCUUCACGUGACAAGCAUGGUCGAACGAAAUGAGAAAUUACGAACUCAAGCAGCGGGCAAAACGCCACGGAAAGAGAGUAACAUAACUACGGUUGUUUCAGUCAAUUGAUUGGUGAACUCAAACUUCGAACAAGGACAUGAAGGAUGUACAGUAGAACCUCUCUAUUAAGGACACCCUCGGGACUCACAAGUGCUGUCCUUAAAAGAGAGGUGUCCUGAUAAGAGAGGUGAGAGGUCAAAUUGAACUUAAUGUAUGUUCAUGAACAUAUAUAAAUGUCUGUAAAUUGCAAAAAAAUGUACUGUAAAUUGGUAACGCCAAAAUUCCACGUCUGUUUUAUUUUCUCAGAUUUGAGGGAUAAUUGUCAUUUGCCAAAAUUAAUUGCAAAUAAACAAAUUUUGAUUAGAGAACCGAAAGAAUGUUUGAACUCGGCCAAAUUAAAAAUCGUGAAAAUUUUAUUUUUUGUGAGUUGCAAAAAUGGAAAGUGGUGGAAAUUUGAUGGUUUGCAGUACAUGUUUUAGAGGUUUAAGUUAUGACUCAAGUUAUGGUUCAUUUUAUACUACUUUGCUUUCAUUCUUGGCAUUAACAAUGACAAGAGCCAAUUACUGAUGGCUCUCACAAAUGCCAAUAAGUAUAAUAUUAUACUUCCUUAUUUCUAAUUGCUACAAACCGUCCAUUCCAAAACCAAGGUAUUUUUACCUGCUGUCCAAAUGUGAUAUUUUGUAAAUAGAAGAGUAUGAAUAAAGUUGCCAUUACUUUUA